UUCUGUUCGCACUGGCAGGUUUGAGUUGAAGACUUCAAAUUGAUUCGGCAAUAAGGCGACACAAUCUCAAGACAUGAUUUCUGGGCUAUUCUUAUUUGCGACCGGCGCUUUAGCCAAGGUCAGCUUCCCGCCCAUCCCGUCUGAUCUCUCAACCCCAGUACAACAACGACUGUCGCUGGAUGGGCCAAACAGUGUAACCAUCGGCUGGAACACCUACGCCAAGCAAGCCAAGCCUUGCGUGCAAUACGGCAUUUCAAAAGACAAGCUUGAUAAGCAAGCAUGCUCUGAUAUAUCGUUGACGUAUCCCACUUCUCGUACCUGGGCCAACGCUGUGACGCUUGACAAUCUGUCCCCAGCAACGAAAUACUACUACAAGAUUGUGUCUCAAAAUUCAGUCAUUGAUCAAUUCCUCAGCCCUCGGGCAGCUGGAGACAAAACACCAUUCGCCAUCAACGCCAUCAUUGACCUUGGUGUUUACGGAGAGGAUGGUUUCACUAUCAGCAUGAAUCAAACGAAGCGAGAUGUUAUCCCCAACGUUCAGCCUUCUUUGAACCACACAACCAUCGGCCGUCUUGCAACAACAGCUGACGAUUACGAAUUUAUCAUUCAUCCUGGAGAUCUCGCAUACGCUGAUGAUUGGUUCCUGAAACCUAAGAAUCUGCUUCAUGGCGAGGAGGCGUAUCAAGCCAUUCUUGAGACAUUCUACAAUCAGUUGGCCCCCAUCUCUGGUCGUAAGCCUUACAUGGUCAGCCCAGGAAAUCAUGAAGCAGCAUGUGAAGAGAUCCCCAUCCUCAACAAUCUCUGUCCUGAGGGUCAGAAGAACUUCACCGAUUUCAUGUACAGAUUUGGCCAAGUGAUGCCCCUCGCCUUUCCUUCAACCUCUUCCGACGACGCGGCGAGAGUGAGCGCAAACAAGGCUAAGCAACUGGCAAACCCGCCAUUCUGGUUCUCCUUCGAAUACGGUAUGGCACAUGUCGUCAUGAUUGAUACCGAAACCGACUUUCCCGACGCACCAGAUGCACCAGGGGGCUCAGCAAACCUGAACAGCGGACCCUUUGGUAGUCCCAAUCAGCAACUCCAAUUUCUGGAAGCCGAUCUUGCAUCAGUUGACCGUACAGUCACACCUUGGCUCAUUGUUGCAGGUCACCGCCCUUGGUACACUACUGGUGAUGAAGGUUGCAAGCCUUGCCAAAAGGCAUUUGAAGGGUUGUUCUACAAGUAUGGCGUUGACUUGGCCGUCUUUGGGCACGUACAUAACUCACAGCGCUUCUACCCCAUAUACAACGGGACUGUUGAUGCUGCGGGAAUGAAAGACCCUAAGGCGCCUAUGUACAUUGUGUCCGGAGGUACAGGAAACAUCGAGGGACUGAGUGCUGUAGGGAAGAAUGCUACUGGCAAUGCAUUUGCGUAUGCGGAUGACUUUAGUUACGCCACUAUUCGGUUCCAGGAUGCUCAAAAUCUGCAAGUCGACUUCUUCCAGUCAUCGACAGGGAAACUCUUGGAUCAAUCCAAGCUUUUCAAGUCACACAACAAACAGUUUGUUAGACAGAACUAGAGAAAUAGCUGCAAUGUUGUUUCCCUUGACUCCCUUCUUUCAUCUAACAUUUCUAUGUCAGGAUCUUUUGUCUGCUGAAGUAGCUCAUGAUUUCCCCUCCUCCUCUAUGUUGGACUUGCGGGACAGAUAGUCUGAGACGAUAUAACGAAUGAAAGUUUAUGUUUCUCCAACG